AUGGUCAGUAACCAGAUACUCUUUGUGCCCCACGCCACAGAUAUUUUUGCCCUCGCCGUAACUCGGACCCAAAUCCUCACAGGCUCCGGCGAAUCCUCGAUUAAAAUCCACUCUGCUACCGAAGAUGGCUUUCCCAUUGCUCAGGUGCUGAAAGACGCGCAUAAGCUCGGUUGCCACCACAUUAGCACGGACCGCGAGACUGGCACGAGAGCAGUGAGCGUCGGCUUUGGUGGUGAGGCCAGAGUAUGGAAAUACGAGGAGGGAAAGUGGAAGGACGAUGGGGAUAUUGAUGUCGGUCCAAAGAAGAAAGCAGGGGAGGUUUGGGCUGUGUCUUUGUCCACUGAUGGAAAGUUCGUCGCCGGCACAACUCAGGACGGGCGAGUGAAUGUAUGGAAUCUGGAAGAUGCCGCGAGCCGAGAGAAGAUCAGGGACUUUGAGACGAAAGGAAGCUUCGGCAUGUCUGUCGACAUGUCACCAGAUGGUCGAUUCAUUGCCAGCGGCCACGAGUCCGGGGGAAUCUAUCUGUUCUCCACCGCCACCUCGCGCCUGCUGCACUCGCUUCCUGGACUCAUCAAACCCGUGCGUGCCGUCAAAUUUUCUCCCGGUUCCACUCUACUUGCAGCAGCAGGUGACGCACGAAUCAUCUCCCUCUAUGAUCCUACGUCGGGCGAGCAGGUUGCCAAUCUUAGUGGACAUGCAGCGUGGAUCACGGACCUUGACUGGAAUCACAGUGGUCAGUACAUCUUGAGUGGAGGUCUGGAUGGUAAGCUUAAAGUGUGGGAUAUCGAGCGAAGAGUUUGUGUUGCGACACAUGGCGAGAGCGACAAAGGUCUAUGGUGCGUUAAGUGGCUACCUAAGGGUGAGACCAGUGUUGAGAGACAGAAGGCCGAAAGGUUUGUCACUGUGGGAAGUAAUAAGGCUAUCGCCAUCUACCGGGAAGCCACAGGUGGAUAA